GACUCUGUUUCUUCCUUUGUAUAAUUCUGGUUUGGCCCUUCCCUUCCCUUCUCUACCGGCGGCAGCCUCUUCACUAGGUCUUUCUACUUUGAUUAUGAAGUGAGGGACACCAGCUUAUAAAAAUGGCAGCUGCACAAUUGACCAGUAAGGCGAUGUAUAAUGGGUUUACUGAAUUGGAAGUGAAAGAGGAGAUUUCCAAAAGCUGCUCGUUAAGAUUCUCAAAUCGCCGUUGUAGUUCCUUUUCAAGAAUCAAUCAGAAUAGCUUGAAACAUGUUUAUGGUAGCAACAAUUGUUCUUUAUCGAUUGGAAAAAGCAAAAGAUUUUCAUAUUCACCUGUUCUUUUCCCAAGGAAGCGGAAAUCUUUAAGGUUCCGUAAUAAGUUCAGUUCAGAGAGUGGUGCGGAAGCUUCUGAUUUGCAGGAUACCACUGCUGUAAAGGGAAUAGAUUAUCUCUCAAGCUCAAGUGGAGAAGUAGAUGAGUUGAAUGAGACUGUUCCCAUUAUAACAAAUGUCAAAAGUGAAUCAAUAGAAGAGGCUCCUACAAGUUCAUCUCAAUCUGAGGAUGUCAGGCGUGAGCUUGUGAUGCUGUCUUUGCCAGCAAUUGCUGGACAGGCCAUUGACCCUUUGGCACAGUUAAUGGAGACUGCUUAUAUUGGGCGCCUGGGUUCUGUGGAAUUAGCUUCAGCUGGUGUCUCAAUAUCAAUUUUUAACAUUAUAUCAAAGCUUUUUAAUAUUCCUCUACUUAGUGUUGCUACAUCUUUCGUCGCUGAAGAUAUCGCCAAGAAUGCAACCAAAGUUUACAUGUCAGAGGGGGUAAAAGGCACCAAUGGUAGACUUCCCACUGGGGUAGCAGAAAGGCAUCAGUUCUCUUCUGUGUCUACCGCAUUAUUUUUAGCAGUUGGCAUCGGCAUAAUUGAAGCUUUGGCUUUGGCGUUGGGAUCUGAACUACUUCUUGGUUUAAUGGGCAUAUCAUCCACUUCACCUAUGAGAGUUCCAGCAAAACAAUUUCUUGCUGUGCGUGCUCUUGGUGCUCCUGCAUUUGUAGUUUCCUUGGCCCUUCAAGGCAUAUUCCGUGGAUUUAAGGAUACAAAGACUCCAGUCUUCUGUUUAGGCAUUGGAAACUUUGCAGCUAUAUUUUUGUUUCCCUUACUUAUGUACUAUUUCGGCUUGGGUGUGUCCGGAGCUGCCAUAUCCACUGUCAUUUCACAAUACCUAGUGGCCUUUUCUAUGAUGUGGUAUUUAAAUCAGAGAGUAAUGAUAUUACCUCCACGAUUUGAAGAGCUGCAAUUUGGUGGCUAUUUAAAAUCUGGUGGAUUUCUCAUUGGAAGAACUCUUUCUGUCCUUUUCACAAUGACACUUGCUACAUCAAUGGCUGCCCGUCAAGGUGCUGUAGCAAUGGCGGCUCACCAAAUAUGCUUACAAGUUUGGCUAGCUGUCUCCCUCCUCACAGAUGCACUGGCUGCAUCUGCACAAGCGUUGAUUGCUAGUUAUUUAUCAAAAGGCGAUUACGUGGUGGCAACUGAAAUUACACACUAUGUUCUAAAGAUAGGGCUAGUUGCAGGUGUGUUUUUGGCGGCUGCAUUAGGUGUUUCUUUUGGCUCUUUAUCUACUUUAUUUACCAAGGACACAGAGGUGCUAGCUGUGGUUAGUACAGGUUUAUUGUUUGUCAGUGCCAGUCAACCAAUAAAUGCUCUUGCGUUUAUCUUUGAUGGCCUCCAUUAUGGUGUUUCAGACUUCGCUUAUGCAGCUCGUUCCAUGAUGUUGGUGGGGGCAAUAUCAUCUGCAUUUCUGCUUUGUGCUGCUAGACUUCUUGGUCUUCCUGGUGUUUGGUUGGGAUUGACCCUUUUCAUGGGCUUACGCAUGAUGGCUGGGUUUAUCAGGUUAUUGUCAAAGAAAAGUCCUUGGUGGUUUCUGCAUUGUGACACAAAUGAAGCUAAGGUUAUUAGUUGAGUGGAUUAGAUUUCAGACCUUUGAAACUUAUGAAACCUCCUUUCAUAAUCCUGAUUAACUUAGCUUUCUUGGAUGUUGUCUUUUUCUCUGAAAGUAGGAUUACUGAGUCUCUAUCCUCCAUGGGUACUUGCUUUCUUAGUUAUUGUUUUUCCUUUAUUCCCUCCUCUGAAGUUAUUUUCUGGGGGGUGGUGGAUGUUCGAAGAUUCAUCAUGACUGCAAUAAUGCCUUGUGGCUUGGUCUGUCCUAUGUACAUAAGUUGGAACAUCUGUAUAUAUAUA